AUGGAUCUUACAAGAGCCCGGCCCGGCCCGACUAACACCGACAAUCACGGGCCCACUAUCAAGUACAGGGGCGUUCGCAAGAGGAAGUGGGGGAGCUACGUGUCCGAAAUCCGGCUCCCCAAUAGCCGAGAGCGGAUAUGGCUCGGCUCGUACGACACUGCCGAGAAGGCGGCCCGGGCCUUCGACGCGGCCCAGUUCUGCCUCCGAGGGCCUGGGUCCAAUUUCAACUUCCCGGACGACCCGCCCGACAUCCCGGGCCGGGAGGGCCUCGGCCCGGCCGAGAUCCAGGCGGCCGCCCAGCGGCACGCCAACAGGUUCCGGGCUGGGUCGGUUGACCUGGUCAACAACGAUUGGUCGUUUUUGGACACGUUGAAUGGGAAUUAUAGCGAGGAUAGUAAUAAUAAUAAUAAUAAUUGUUGUUAUAACACGGGCUGCAUUUCGGAUUACGGGCUUUUUCCCGGGCUCGCCGAGCCCGGUGACGUGUUCAUGGAGCAAGAUUAUGGGCCUAUGAACGGUGAGGAUUAUGGAGAGGAGGAAAUUGGGCACCAAAAUUCCACAUAUUCACUUUGGAGUUUUUGA